AUGAACAACACAUCUGCUGCUAAUGUCAGCCGAACAAACGACCAUAGAUUAUCCGAAAAUGCUCCCUCCAAGGCAGAAGGCAUUGCAUGGUGUACUGCAUUUAUAUUGACAUUUGUUUUAACUGUCGCGGGAAACUUACUCACGAUUAUUAUUUUUACGAAGAGCAAAAGUAAUCGUAAGAAACAUGUGUUUCUACCUGUCAACAUGGCAUUUGCUGACCUGAUGUUAGGAGCUGUAGCUUUACCUCUAUAUAUUUACCAUGUCGGCUUUACUUUCCACCUGUGGACCAUAACGGAAAGUUUUACGAGCAAGCCUCUCGACAUUUUCUUCAUGAUAGUUGAUACAGCCUUCGCGCAAGCGUCACUUAUCUCUGCCGCCUUCAUAUCCUGCGAGAGAUUUUACGCCGUAUAUUGGCCGUUUAAGCACCGAACUUUAUCAAAGCGAGCGUACGGCAUUAUCAUUUUUGUUGUGUGGAUACUCGCUCUCCUUGCUUCUGCGAUCUGGACAGUCUUAACCUUCGUAUUUACUUUCUCGCCGGCUACGACUUUUUUGGCGCCAUAUGUUUUGAUUCUCAUUUUAAUCAUGUGUGGAUGUAACCUUGCUAUUUGGAGAAAGUUUCAAAAUGGAAGUGUCUCCGCUUCACAUCAGCAAAACAGAGACUUGCAAAACAAGCGCUUAACAAAGACGUUGCUAUUUGUAUCUGGCCUUACUUUGCUGGCUUGGCUGCCUGUAAUGAUAUUGAACUUUCUGAUCUUUGUUUGUUCGGUACCUGUUCAUUGGAAACUUUAUCACAUGGUAAACCUUUUCAACUACUUCAACUCUUUGAUCAAUCCAGUUGUUUAUGCAUUAAGAAUUCCCGAGUUUCGACAAGCUCUUCAUUCAUGUUGUUUUGGUAAACAGCCAGCUCUAAACACGACGCUUGACAAAAUUACGAAUGAGAGGACAGGAACAACUGAUAUCAGCCAUGAACUGGCGCUUAAACAUCAAAAUGAGAUGGAUACCGCAUUGUAA